UUAUUGGCCGAUUUGAAGCACUCCUGUCGCUCAUUUCUUCAUGUUUGGUCAACAGGUCACCGUGCUGUGGUUUAAGAGGAUAAAAGUGGAGGUGGGAGCUUUGGUUUAGUCAUUCCCAAAUACUGAUGCACGCAGCAAGGUCCAAGAUGUUGCCUGGGACUUUAUUGGCACUGUCCUGGCUUCCGAUUUUGACUUUGGCCGACUCCAGAGUUGCAAGGUCCCUCGCAGGCCGGUCUCGUCGCUCCCUAACUGGGCUGGAGACGACCGGCGAUAGCUCAGAAGUGGGGACUGAUGAACUGUCUGGGCUUCUUCCCAGACUCAGAAAUGCUCUAUUUACUGAAAAUGUUGGUAGUGCAGAAAGCUCGAGGGAAUCAAGUUCCGAAUCACCCGCAAUAACUACUGACUCAUCCUCACUUUCCGAAAUAACUACCCAGGAAAUCACCGACCCCUCCCAGCUAGUUCCAACACCAGGAGGUUGCAGUUCCCAUCCUACCAGGCUACCAAAACCCCAUCAUCCUGUACCUCAUCCUUGGCAUCUUUCAGAACCCUACCCGACAUGUAGCCAACACUACCACCAUCCUUUUCAUCACCAAAUCCAAACGGCUCCUCACAACCUAAAUAAUUUCCCCAAGUACAAGCUGGUCCCUUUGCAAUACAUUCCCCUGACUCUAGUACACAAACACUUCCCUCACUCGGGACAAACUAUACCAGAUCAUCACUUUCAGAACAUUGCCUAUAAACUCUCUAACCUCAUAAAUUCCCCGUCAAGCAGGCCCAGUGUCUGUCAACCAGACACAAUAUUUUCUAAACUACGGCUCUGUGACAACUCUAACUGAUCUUGGUCGCCCCUUCUUAAACAAUCUUCAAACUAUCGUUGGACUAACGUUGUGAUCUACAUAUUUGCUGAUUGUAUUAUGGAAUGUUGAUUAACCAGAACAACCUGACCCUUAUUUACCCUGUACUAACUUACUGUUUUCCGAAAGUGAUAGAUAUAUUUCCUUCAGAAAUAAGGCAAAUGAUGAUAAUGGAAUGUUGAUUUUACCAGUAUUGAUAUAUCAAAAUAAAGCCUUCAACAAGUA